GGGACCCUCCUCCCUCUCCUACACCAGCAUUGGCUGCACCUAGACCGGGAGCAUGGAGCUGACUGCAAGCCUGCACACCUCUCUAGCAGCACAGGGUUUUCCUGCUGUCACUUUCACAGCUUUUAAUUAAAGCCUCCCCCCAUCCCCUCUUAUCCAGCACUCCCUCCCCUUCUCUCCCUCCCUCCUCUGGGAAGCUAGGGGGAACAAAGGAGGAGGGGGGACAAGCAAAGAGGGGCAGACUGAGAGCAGAGAGAGAAGGGGGGCAGGUGAAGAAUCAUCAGAGAAGAAGGAUUAGACAUCUCUGGAGCAGAGAGACAGCUGGGAAGAGACAGGUGCUGUCUAUCUAUGUGAGGAGAACGCCUGGCACCUGCUGGAAGACAAGGGAGACAGAGGACGGUCAUCUGAUUUCAAGGAGACCCCCCCCCCCCUCUUCCCUAAGGACUAUCACAGCUCCACAUUACCAGCCCAUUUCAUUUUCCCUUUAUUACUGACAACUGGGGGAAUCCUGACACUAUUUUUGGAAGGAGGAGUCCUUUUUGGCUCUAUCCAUUCUCUACGACCGAUCUGAUGACACCGGGAUUUUGGGUGCUCUGGAAUUCCAUCCUUAUUGGACGCCCUCUCUUUUCCUUUUUUUUUUUGGCUACACCGUAGAUUUCCAUAGCCAAUCCCUAAUUUUCAGGCGUUUGCCCAUAGGGAUGCUCGGGAUAUCUUCUUAGCCCUCCUAGUGCCUCGAUCUUUUUGGGGGGGCUCAGCCCCCUUUUCCAUUCCGCUUUACUAUCAUCAGUUCCCCUUCCAAAACCAUGAAGCCUUUGGAGAAAUUUUUAAAGAAGCAGAGCUCCCACAUCUCGGGUCCUAAGCACCUCCACCGAAGGCAAAGCGUGUCCAAAAUUCUGCCCUCGUUCCUGAGGGAUAAUCCGGGGGACUCGUCCGGUGGGGAGAAAUGCGAGGAAGACCCCAGCGCUGGACCCACGCCUUCCCACGACUGCUUGGAGCUGCCGGAUGGACUGCGUUCCCCCCUGUCCUUCUCAUCCGAUGAACUGUCGCCUUCGGAACCGGUGACCCCACCGCCUGGGUCUGGUGGAUGGACGCUCUCUCCUCCUGGUCUGCUGCUUGCCCCGGAUACCCCAGAGGCUCUCCUAGGGAGGGUACUGGACCAGUUACUAACUGCCCCGAGACUAAGCGAUGCAGCUGAACUAGCGUUGGACGAUUUCAUCCUCACCCAUACUCUGUUUCUGCCUACGGAUGAACUUCUGGUCCAGUUACAACAAUAUUUCUGUGGGUGCAGCCGACAUACAUCUCCGACGUGGGAAGGAAGUGAUGCUGUGCAGAAGAAGCAAGCUGUCCUCUGUGCUCUUCUGCAUCUCCUGGACACAUAUAAGGACUCUGUGCAGGAAGAGGAGCGCACUUUCCAGCUAAUCAAGGAUUUCUAUGUCUUGGUAAUGCGGGACGCUCCAAACCUUCCACAGCUCGAGGGGAAUGUCAUCAGGCUGCAUCGACUGGUGGAGACAGCUGAACUCAGGCUUACAGAUGGCAGCGCGGCACCCUGCUCCAAACAAGUCAAGCCCCUAUUCCGCCAUUUUCGACGGAUUGACUCCUGCCUGCAGCCACGGGUAGCAUUCAGGGGUUCUGAUGAAAUCUUCUGCAGGGUCUAUAUGCCGGACCACUCAUAUGUUACCAUCCGAAGUCGCCUAUCUGCAUCAGUCUCGGACAUUCUCAGCUCUGUCUCUGAGAAGCUGCAGUAUUCGGAGGAACAAGGACAGAGGGAAGAGCCUCUAAUUUUAGUGGCGGUUACCAGCGCUGGAGACAAGGUUCUCCUGAAGCCGGAUGACGGUUGCAUCUUUACCACUUUGGGCAUUAACAGUCACUUGUUUGCAUGUAAUCGGGAUGAGCUGUGCUCUUUGGUUCCUUUGCCAGAAGAGGUCCAGCUGCCUCCUGAGGAUUCCCAUAUUCAUCGAAUAGAGGCAGAAGAUCUAGCCAAUCACCUCAGUGCUUUUCAUUGGGAACUUUUCAGCUGCGUGCAUGAGCUGGAGUUUGUAGAUUACGUGUUCCAUGUAGAGCGAGGGCGCCGAGAAACGGCCAAUCUGGAGCUCCUGCUGCAGCGCUGCAGCGAGGUACAGCACUGGGUCAGUACGCAAACCCUACUCUGCGAGGCCCCAGCGAGAAGGACUCAACUUCUCAAGAAGUUCAUCAAGACAGCAGCCAUAUGUAAACAGAACCAGGACCUCUUAUCGUUUUUUGCCAUAGUGAUGGGAUUGGACAAUGGUGCAGUAAGCCGUCUACGUGUUUCCUGGGAGAAACUACCUGGGAAGUUUAAGAAUCUGUUCAGGAAGUUUGAGAAUUUAACGGAUCCAUGCAGGAAUCACAAGUCCUAUCGUGAAAUGGUGUCCCGCAUGAGACACCCAGUAAUCCCAUUUAUUCCUCUCAUCCUAAAAGACCUCACAUUUCUACAUGAGGGCAGCAAAACCUUCAUUGAUGGGCUUGUGAAUGUGGAGAAAAUGCACGCCAUAGCAGAAAAAGUGAGGACCGUACGGAGAUUUCGGAGCAGCCAGAUGAGACUGGACACAGAUGUCUCCCCAACUCACUUACAGAAUAAGGCUUAUGUGCGCCAGUUCCAGGUCAUCGACAACCAGAACCUCUUGUUUGAGCUGUCCUACAAGCUAGAACCCAGCGCACAGUGAUCAGACUGUGCAAGACAAGCUGCUGAUUGGCCAUAGACCUCACCGCAUGGUGUAUUGCCUACGGCACGGUGGUGCCGAGGACAUUCCGCAACCUGUGCCAUAUAAAAUGCUGUAUCAUGUUUACCCUAUACUGUAUGUAUAGCCACCUACUGCACUGCUGACGUUUUUUCAGCUGGGACUUUACUGGAUUGGUGGCUGUGAAAGGGUCAUGGACAGAUAUUUUUGUAAGAAGAUGACAUGUAUAGUCUCCUUUGUGCUAUUUUCUUAUGGGGGGGGGGGUCAGAAUGGAAAUAACAGUAUAUAUAGAAAUGAUAUAUAUAUAUAUGGUUGCAUUGCUGCAUAUGAAGGUAUGCAGGCUAAAGAAUUGUGUACAUACUUAUUACUGGGAGUUCAAAA